AUGAUGGCCGCUGCACCCUACGAGAUCCGCACUGGCGGCGAUGGAAAGAGCAAGAAGCAGAGCAUGGCCGAGCUGAAAUUGCGUCGCCUCACCGAGCUGAACCAGCGUUUGCGCGAGGACCUCGAGCGCCGCCGGAUACCGGUGUCGGAAGCUGCCAUUGAUCUUAUUGCAUUCACGGACAAGGAGCCCAAGGACUGGAUGGUACCAUCGCGAUGGGGAACGAUCGACAAGCGGGACGACCCCUACGCGCCUCAGCAGAGCAACGGCUGCUGCAUAGUAAUGUAA